UUCUCUAGGUCCCCCAAGACCACAGACAUGAGGCUGUUCAUCCCCGCCUUGCUGUUUCUUGAGGCCCUUGGACUCUGUCUGGCUAGGAAGACGACUGUUAGAUGGUGUGCCGUGUCAAACCCCGAGGCACAAAAGUGUUCCAGGUGGCAGAAGGCCAUGAAAGAAGUGGGUGGCCAGCCACUCAACUGUGUCAAGAGAUCCUCCACCCAGCGGUGCAUCCAGGCCAUUGUGACAAACAAAGCUGAUGCUAUGACUCUCGAUGGUGGUUCGAUGUUUGCUGCAGGAACGGCCCCCUACAAACUGCGCCCUAUUGCGGCAGAAAUUUAUGGGACCAAAACUCAACCCCGGACUCACUAUUAUGCUGUAGCAGUUGUGAGGAAAAGCAGUAACUUUCGUCUGAACCAACUGCGAGGCCUGAGGUCCUGCCACACAGGCCUGGGCAGGAGCGCUGGGUGGAAUAUCCCCAUAGGGACCCUUCGUCCAUUCCUGAAUUGGGAGGGGCCACCUGCAUCCCUUGAGGAAGCGGUGUCCAAGUUCUUCUCAGAGAGCUGUAUUCCCGGUGCCAACAAGGAUCGCUUUCCCAACCUGUGUAGCUUGUGUAGAGGGACAGGAGCAGCCAGAUGCGCCUCUUCCCCAGAAGAACCGUACUCUGGUUAUGCAGGCGCCUUCAAGUGUCUGAGAGACAACGCUGGGGAUGUGGCUUUUACCAGGGGAAGCACCGUAUUAGAGGAACUACCAGAUAAAGCUGAAAGGGACCAGUACAAGCUGCUCUGCCCAGACAACACCUGGAAGUCGGUGGAGGCGUAUAAGGAGUGCCACCUUGCACAAGUCCCUUCUCACGCUGUUGUGGCCCGAAGUGUGAGAGGCAAGGAAGACGCCAUCUGGGAACUUCUCAGCCAGGCACAGGACAAGUUUGGAAAAGACAAAACAUCAGAGUUCAAGCUCUUUGCCUCCCUAGCGGGACAGAAGGAGAAGGACCUGCUCUUCAAAGACUCAGCCAUUGGGUUCUCAAGGGUUCCCCCGAAGGUAGAUGUUGGCCUCUACCUGACCUACAACUAUAUCACAUCCAUCCAGAACUUGCAUAGAAAGGAGAAGGACGUGGCCGCCACACGUGCCCGGGUCACGUGGUGUGCGGUGGGCAGCGAGGAGAAGCGCAAGUGUGACGAGUGGAACGGAGCGAGCAAUGGCAGGGUGACCUGCACCUCGUUCCCCACCACGGAAGACUGCAUUACCGCAAUCAUGAAAGGAGAUGCCGAUGCCAUGAGCUUGGAUGGAGGUUACAUCUACAUUGCUGGCAAGUGUGGUUUAGUUCCUGUGCUGGCGGAGAACCAGAAAUCCCCCAAAAGCAAUGGCUCUGACUGUGUGGACAGACCAGCGGAAGGGUACUUUGCUGUAGCAGCAGUUAGAAAGGAAGAUACUGGCUUCAGCUGGAGCUCUGUGAGAGGCAAGAAGUCCUGCCACACCGCUGUGGACAGGACCGCUGGCUGGAACAUCCCUGUUGGCCUGCUCGUCAACCAGACCAGAUCCUGCAGAUUUGAUGAAUUCUUCAGCCAAAGCUGCGCCCCUGGGGCUGACCCCAGAUCCAAUCUCUGUGCCCUGUGUGUUGGUGAUGAGAAGGGUGAGAAUAAGUGUGCCCCCAACAGCAGAGAGAGAUACCAUGGCUACAACGGGGCUUUAAGGUGCCUGGCUGAGAAAGCAGGAAAUGUGGCAUUUCUGAAGGACUCCACUGUCUUGCAGAACACUGAUGGAAAGGGUACUGAAGAGUGGGCUAGGAACUUGAGGCUGGAGGACUUUGAGCUGCUGUGUCUUGAUGACACCCGGAAGCCGGUGACUGAGGCUAAGGACUGCCACCUGGCCAUAGCCCCAAAUCAUGCUGUGAUAUCUCGGACAGACAAGGUGGAAGUCCUUCAGCAGGUGCUGUUUGACCAACAGAAUCAGUUUGGAAGAACUGGAUCGAGGUGCCCAGGGGAGUUUUGCCUGUUCCGGUCUAAAACCAAAAAUCUUCUGUUCAAUGACAACACUGAGUGUUUGGCCAAGCUCCAUGGCAAAACAACAUAUGACAAGUACCUGGGACAGGAGUAUGUCGUAGCCACCGCUAAUCUGAAGCAGUGCUCAAGCUCCCCACUCCUGGAAGCCUGUGCUUUCCUUACCCAGUGAAAACACCGAGCCAAUGGCCAAGCUUUCCCAGGGAGCCUCAGCCCAGAUCCAUGGCGUCUUGGGCCUUGCAGAAAGAGGGGUUCGCUGAUCAUCUCUUCUUAUAACUCUCUGCUGU